ACAAUAAGGUUGCUUAAUAUUAGAUUUGUUAAUAUGCAUUUGAUAAUAUAAACUAACAUUACUUCUACAUCAUUUAUUAAUCUUAGUUAUGUUACUUUCAGCACUUACUAAAACUUUUUUUAAUAAAGUGUUACCUUUAGCAAUAACUGUUAACGGUUACAGCAAUUAAUAGUUGGUGCACAAUUAACUAACAUUAACAAUAUCAUUGGCAUUAACAAAUAAUAAUAUCUGCUGGAGAACUACAUUGCUCAUUGUUAGUUCAUGUUAGAUAAAUAUACAAAUACAACCUUAUUUUAAAGGGUUUCCGGUAUUUGCUAUUCAGUAUGUAACCAUGUUUAGAAACAUCCAAAAUAUUUGCAAUAAAUGUAUUUUGUAGCACACCAAGUAGACAUGCAGAGCAUUUUUGUAGUUUCUGAAAUAAAAGCUCUGUGGUCUCCGGUCCAGCUGGUGGUGCUGUGUACAGCUGUAUGAUAAUAAACAUUUGACGAAUUAGACGCGCAGGAUGGGGACACGCAUGAAGGUGCUCCGGGUGUUCAAAGAUUUGCACAAAACACGAAAAGAUGUAUUUAAAGAUGAUAGCAGAGCACUGACAGCUGCUAGGUUACAAAUCAAUGAAGGUUUCAAAAGAAACAAAAAUGAAACAGCAGAUGAAAAUAUUAAAGAGAUGCUUAAAAUGGCCCGAGCAGUUGAGACAAUCCUUCGUGAAAAUGUAAUACAAGCAGAGCAUGUGGAGGAAAAUAAAGUCUUGUUACGGCCAAGGGAGAGUCUCCUGCUAGAAAAUGUACCUUACUGUGAUACACCCAGAAAAAAGACAACCUGAAUAAUUGUCUGUCAGUGACACUCAUCAUUUUGUACAGUUCACAUCUCUCUUUCUCAACCAUUUUUUUCCCAGUCCACUUGCUUGAUGUAUAAACACUUUUACCGAAGAGAACAACUUGAUGUAAAUGUAUUAAAUUAAGGACCCUUCAUCUACUGUA